CGAGCAGUCACACCUUGUGAAUCAUCAAGGGUGAGUAUGCAUUAUGCAGCUGCACUGUCAUUUUUGACCCAAUCUUUUGAUAGUGAUUUUUUGACCCUCUUCCGAGCAAGCCCAAUUCGUUUUACUCUAGUAAAUUCACCUGCGCCUUGGCCCGUUGGCUAGAUAGUUCAACUUCGCCGGAACAAGCUCUUACUUAAGAGUUUCAACUUAGUCGUCAUGGAGGACGAUAUUCAUUUUGCAGAGAGUGUACACCAACCGUAGGAUUGCGAAGCUGUACUAGUACAGUGUAAGACGAGUGUGGAUGAGGCGACAGCGUUUUGCCAUGCAUCGUCCUUCAUUCCUUGCCAGGCACACGAAUGAUCCCCUCCCAUUCCCCCUCCCCGUCGUCAUACUUUCACUGUAGUAACAAUUCCCGUAGAUGUAGAAGUUUUGUAUAAAAACUUGAAUUCUUUCAGAUCGUCUACCUGUUUCGCCGACAAAGUAUUUUUGACGCGCGUAUCGAGUUUAUUACUGACGCUUCUAAAUUUUUGGAAAUUGAAAUUCAAUCGUUUUGUUUUGGAUUUGUUGAGCUCGCCCAAGAUGGCAAAGUGGAUGACUUCAAAGAACGAUAACUGGUAUAACAACGGUGGCGGCCACAAAAAAAACGGGCAAAAGGUACUUACGUUGCUUUAUCGCCGUUUCGUCGGGCGUCCGACUUCGUUCUUGUUUUCUAUUCCCCUCGAAAGUGCGAAUAUGUAUUACCACAACGCACCAAGAACAAGUUUCCUCUAAAUUGAUUGAGGUGGAACCGCGGCACGCGAGGAAUGAAUUAAUAUGUUCAUGCAAACUUUUUCUUUAUCUUCUCCCAGGGUGGCGGAGGUAAGAAAGACCACACGUCGACACCGAAGACAUGGGACGACUACGCGCAUUACUUUUCCUGGAACAAGAAGACUGGCGCGGUAAAGGUAAACUGCAGCGGCCAGGGGUUGACCGAUACAGAUGUGCAGAGCCUGAUCGAGUAUUUCGAAUCCGAAAUGACAACGUUUACAAGUUGGUGCCGAUCGGAAACGCAAAAGCACGACGGCAACUCAUAUGGCACGUACAUUGACCUCUCGGGAAACUCCAUUACGGACCAGGCAGUGGAAAAGUGGCUGGUAAAUGAAUGGCAGUUUUUGUAGUUUCACGCAUGAACAUUAGCUGUAGACUAGCCUACAUAGCUCUUGGUCGACGAUUAUUUUCUGAAAUUGCAUCAGAGGCAGGCCUUUGCGUGUAUGUCUAUGUUUAUAUGAGGUUAACAAGCACUGUCGCUGUCCAUGAUGUCAAGACCAAAAGACUCAGGAGGAACCUAAAAAUGAAAAAUAUUGCAUCGGAUUAAUAUAAUUCAGUACCGAAUUCAUCUAUCUACAGGGUCCUUUCCUGCGUGACUGGCCAGUAUGUCAGAAAUUGAAGCUCGCGGGAAACACGGGCGUUACAGACGCCAGUGUGCAGGCCCUACGGCCUUUCCUGCAGACGGGGUUCUGUGAAAAACUCUUUCUGACGGAUCUGCCGGGGGUUUCAGACAGCGGUAAGUAAGUCGUUAUGAGGACCUACUUUUGCUCUUCGGGGUAAAAAUUGUCUGAAAGUGCUUCGAGUUAUUUUCACGAACAAACGCAACAUUGCACGAAACGCUUUUCCUUUUCCAAGGAACUGUGUCUAAAAUUGAACAACUGCCAGGUGUGCAACAGCUGGUUCAGGCUGCGAUUGACAGCAAGGAGUACCCGCACGGCGCGCGGAAAGAGGGGUAUUACCCCCUGCAGUUCCACUCGAAUGUGCAACUCGAAGUGCACAAGUGGAGUCCAGAAGUGAUCGGGAAAAUUGAGGUGAACCGGGAAGCGCCCCUGCCGAUCAUGGAAGGUAGUAAGAAGCUGCUCCCGCACGUGGUGCUGUUCACGAACACCGGCUCGCAGACGAACGGCAGUAGCAAGCAGUCCACACCCCGGGUUGACGCCACGGUUCCCGGGCCCCCGACCUCCAAUGCCAAAGCGGCUUCCUCGAGCAGCACCUGGGCCGAGCGGAGCAACGGAGGCGCUGCGAAUAAACAGCGGACCCCCGACCUGCACGCGGAGAGCUCGUUUCCCAGCCUCGACGCCUCAGCAGGGAGGGUAAAUCUAAAUCAUGAGGAAUGUUUUUUUUCUGAACAGGAUGGAUGUUAUCUAGAAGUUAUGCAAACUUGUUCGAUCAUGUCACUGUUUGGUUCUCGUGCGCCUGCGAGUUCUCGGUCUUAUCUUCCCCCGAAGUAGAGUUUGAACCUAGUACAGAACCGUAGACCCCACUGCCACACGAGAUGACGAUGAAAUCACAACAGGUGAAAACCUCUAACACGCUCGGGCUCCAGGGGCUCGUCAGGUGGGGGCAGGCCCCGGACAGCAUUUUUGCGAAAGCUUCGCCGCCCCCCGCUGCCAGUAAGAAGGGUGGUGAUAAAGGCGACCCUGGAGGUGCACCGGGAGGUGGGAAGGGCGAAUCAUCUGCGCAACAAACCUCACCACUGGAUCACGCAUUGGAGAUCAGCCCGAUAAAAGGCAAGUCGCGACCAAAAGGCGGGGAGCCACCAGUAUACGACCCGGCGAGCAGGACGCAGCAAGGCACGGCUGCUGCGUCCACUUCCAGCGCUGGAAAAGGCAGCGCUGGAAAAGGCGGCGCGGAAAAGUCUACUAGCAAGACUGCGGCCACCAGUGUUGUUCCGAGCGAAAUUUGGCUGCGCGAAGAACACUGGUUCCGGACUAACUCGGGCUUGAAGAAGGUCGAGGAAGACAUUUUAAAGCUGCACGGAAAGCUGCUCGAGAUCAACCGGGAGUUGCAAGAACGGCAGCUCGAGUAUGGCAAUCCAAACGCCACGAAGAACUCGGACGACGAGAUCCGGCAGGUGCGGCGAAGGAUUGCGGUCCUGGAGGACGCCGCAAAGGAGCAGGGCGGCCGAACCCUCCAGUCGCUUCUCCGGUACGGCUACGACCGCAUCUCCGCAGAAAAAUACUUCAAACAGCGCUCGGCUGCGGUCGCGACCAUUCGAGCGAUCUGGCACGGCAUUUUGGUGCGCCGAAAAUGGACAAGUGUCCUCGAAGAAAAGAGGCAACUACGCGAAAAAAGAAAAAGAGAGCAGCAACAGGCAAAGGCUUUCGCAGGCUGGAAAGGUUGGAAACUACGCUUUUUUUUUUAAUGUUCUGCUGUUUUACGUGUUUUUUCUCAUUUGGUGUUCUCUCGAGUUGUGGGUUCUAUUUUUGCAGCCUUCGCGGUGGCUUCCGUCGGUCGAUUCAUUUCGCCUCCGUUACAACGGCAAACCUUAUGAAUGUCCACCACGCAACGACAAUCACCAACAGGUGCGACGACGCAACAAGCAUCUGGCCUGCCGAAGGGCGGCCCGAUGGCGGCCGGAGGAAAAAAGGGCGGGGACUACCAGCAGAGUUUGCAACACGCGGUGGAUCCUGUCCAGCAGGCGCUCGGCACCACCUCCGCGGCUUCAAACAUGCGGGGCAUGGACCAGGGGUCCGGGGCGGCCGGCCAACAGCACGCUUACCACCAAGGCGCGUAUCACCAACAGCAAAAUAAUGCUGGAAACCACUACAACAACCAUAGCGCAGGUGGGCAGUAUCAUGGGAACAAUCACCAGUAUAAUCAACAAAACGCCCAAUACGGCGUCGGACCGCGGCAAUACUCGAGUCCGGCUCAGCCGGCAAGAAACCCAUACUCGCCGGGGCACCAGCCCGCGCACCCCGGGCAGCAGCACUACCAGGGACAGGGGUACAACGGAGCUGUGCCGCAGCACGCCUAUCACAGUCCGGCACGAGGACCCAUGCAAUACCCAGCACCGGGUGCUGGGUAUCAUGGCUACGAGAACCAUCAGCCUCCGCAUGUGCAACCACCUCUGCACCUGUUGACGCAACCCUGGUACUACUGCGGCAACGACGGGAGUCGCCAGGGACCGUACUCGCAUCAGAGAAUGCGGAAUUGGUUUUUGGGUCGAUAUCUGAAACCGGACUUGCUCAUCCGAUGUGAACAGUUUCAAGAUUUCUACGAACUGCAGCACUUGUUCCCGACCGGGGCACACGAAGGCGGGAACGCAUUUGAUUGCGAGCCUGUGAUACCCGCACGGGAGCGGGCGCGGCUUUUUCCGCCUUCUGCGACGAAUGGUAUUUGUCGUUUUCUUCCUUCAGCGUUCGAGGUUUUUCUUUCUCACGAUUCACGUUCAUCAAGCACAGGAAAAAAUCGCAAGAUCACGACCACCUACCGGGGCCAGUUACCUUAACUUUUUCUGUGCGGCCGAUAAUAAAUUGUGACCUCAACUGCUUUGCAGGUAACCCAACAUCCGGACAACAUCAGAACAUGUACAGUGCGGGUAGCUAUGGAUCUGGCACAAAUCCGGCCUCCCAGCAGCACGAGCAGUCCGAAGACAGUUCCGCGGAAGAGGCAAACAGGUUCUCAGCAGCAAUUCUCGCUCAGUACCAGCAGCCAGGGGCGGGAGGCUCAAAAAGUAUCAGAUCAGAUGACUUUUCCUCCUUCAAAAGCAAAAUAACUCGUAGAUGGUUGUGAUUCAGAUUCCCGUUUACUUAGUUUACCACCUCUUCGCACAGUCGUUGACCACUUCGUGAAUGAUUGUUUUCCGCCUCCUGCAACGAGAGCAAGGGAUUUAGAUUGUCGAAAAAAUGACAUACCAACAGGCAGCGAGCAGAUGACUACUGCGCAGGAGCAACUGCACGCAACUGCGACCAAUACCGCACACGCGGACCAGGGUCACCAGGGCCCCGGAACCGCCCAGGAGGUGAAUCUGCAGGUGAGCACCGCGCCCACGUACCCGCCACGGCGCGACAGCUCACGCCGGGACUCCGUCGACGAGCAGGAAAACUGGCGCGCAGCCAGCGGGCACCGCACGUUUUCCGAGGAGGACGCGGAUGAGAGCGACGACGGCACGGAGCACCAGCAGAUAUUCAUGGUGGAGCCGAAGUACGUUGGGUUGGUGAUUGGCAAGGCCGGGGACACGAUCAAAAAGAUCAAAACUGCCACCGGCUGCAACAUCAACAUUGACCAGGAUGUCCCGGCCGGCAUUCCGCGCGCGGUGAUCAUGAAGGGAACCCGGGUCCAGAUUCGUCGCGCGGAAGACAUGGUUAAGAACCUGAUUCGCAAAGCCAAAGACGAGGACAGUGGGCAGAAGUCAAAAUACAACCCCUCCGCCCAGGCGCACCUGGCGGGGGAUCUGCCUCGCGAGCGCAGCGGGCUGUUGUCGCGCGGCGGCACGGGCUCGCAGGACCUGUCGUCCGGGUUGGGGGCGUCCGGCCCCGUGGUUCCCACCAAUUCGCGCGCCGCCGGACUGCGCGAGGGGAUGGGCGCGAUGGAAAGUGGUAACUCUCGCGCAGCGGGUCUGAUGGGGGCCUCCGCGCCCGGGCCGGCUCCGAAGGGCCGCUCCAGCGUGCACGACUGGCGGCGUUCGGGCACGGAGUUGCUGAGCGGUCGAGUCGACUCCUACCCCGUCGGAGGGCCGCCCGGGCCGGAGAAUGAUCGUACUUGAGAGACUGCUUUUUGGUUGCGAUGCUCAUGUGAUGACGAUAAUAAUUGUUGACCUGGCCGUGCAACAAAAUUUAAAUUCGUCGACCGUGCGCAAAAGAAAGAUUCCUGAUUUUGCACAAAAUAAAAAUUUAGCCUCGCCACACCAAGUCGCCAUCUUGUUACGACAGGUUUCAGCAGUUUGCGCACUGGAAGCAAGGACCAGAGCAAAGACGAAACCGUCCCAAGCAAGCAAAGCAUAUACGAUUUGAUUUCACAGAAACCAAGCUGGGCACAGGACAAAAAAGACACCGACGACGCAACCACUUACAUGCGAAGGUACUUACUUCUUAAAGUGAUAUUCGUAGACACGGGCCGUGCUUUCUCACUGUCACCUUGAGAAUAUAGAAGCAGAGUUGUCGCACCUUCCUGAAAUGAUUUUCUUUUUGAAAAAUCCUCAAUUUUUCCGCUACAGCGACCUCCUCUACGUCCGCGCACGUCUGACCGCACAAGGCUUCGCGUUUGAACCGGCCCGGUAUCAGAUCCAGGACCGGCCGAUGAAGAAAACGCCAAACAAGAAGGUUGGGAAGCUGUAUCCUGAGUAAAAACGUACCCACACCAGAGUUGUAAUGCAGAUUUGCAAAGACAGGAAGACUUGUAAUGCGCAUCCCCAUGAGAGCCAUUUCCAGUCGUGUUUUGGAAUUUGUGAUGCUGUGAACAGGAUGAGCUGAUGAAUCUGUGAUGCGGCUGCACUUGCUAACCUGCACUACGCUGCAGAGUGCAACUUGUCAUGCGUGACUCACAAAAGCUCCUAGGUUUGUGCUGCAAAAUCCCCAUCCUGACUCUGGUGUGGGUACGUUUUUACACAGGAUAAGCUGGAUGCCGGAUUUACCUUGGAUAACGCCCCGGAGGGCGAAAAGGAGGGUCUGUACAAUGACGGCGCGGAGGAGCAUUACGUGUCGCAUUCGCGGCGGAGCUCCUUGGGCCAACACCAGGCCGGAGAGCAGCUGGCUUCGCUACGAAACGAGGGACAACUCCCCGAUCAUCCCACGGCGUACCAUUCGCCCGAACUGGUGUAUCAAUCCAACGGAGUGGGAGGUGCUCCGCCAGUACCGAGCUCGCCACCGCCAUUGCCAAACCUGCCGUUUCCGACGGGCUAA